AGUCGACAAGUGAGUGCUAAUCAGUUGGUGUGGAAAGUUAGGAGCUGUAUUCUUUCCCUGGGAAAAAUUGUAAUGAAGAGUCGGUUUUGUUUGGCGGCCGUCCUGCUGGUAGCAGCAGUGGUCCAAGGAUAUCCUGCGAAGCGCAAUCCGGACUUCGAUUGUAAUGCAGAUAUAAACCAAAGCGUUUACUUGUCACACCCGGAAUCAUGUUCCAAAUACAAGGUCUGCUUCAAUGGAGGAUUAGUUGAUGGUAGCUGUCCCGAUGGACUGUUCUUUGAUGAGGCAACUCAAGGGUGUGAUCUUCCGGAACGAGUAAUCUGCAAAUUGGCAGACGACGAUGACGAUAAUGAAGACGAAAAUGAAGUCUCAGACGAAGAAGAAGAAGAAGUAAUAACACCACCAGAAGAAGAAGAAGAAGAAGAAGCUGAUGAUGAAGAAGAAACACCAGAAGAAGAAGAACAGGUUCCCGAGCCAGAGGAAGAGGAAAAUGAAAUAGACGAGGUCGUGCCAGAGCUUGAAGAUGAUGUGUCUGAGGUGGAUGACGAGCAGGAAGUUGCCGUUCCGGAGGUACCAACGCCAGAGGAAGAAGGCGUAGAGGUCCUAACACCACCAGAGGAGGAAGAGGAACAAGUACCGGAAGAAGAAGAAGAAGUUGGUGAUGAUGAAGAAGAAGAGGUCCCAGAGGAGGAAGAACAGGAAGAAGAAGCUCCAGAGGAGAACGAUGAAGAACAGGUUCUCGAACCAGAAGAAGAGGAAAAUGAAACAGACGACGUUGUGCCAGAACCUGAAGAUAAUGCUGAGCCAACGCCAGAUGAAGAGGAAGAGGAACAAAUUUUGGAAGAAGAAGAAAAUGGUGAUGAUGAACAAGAAGAGCUCCCAGAAGUGGAAGAACAGGAAGAAGUUCCAGAGGAGAUCGAGGAAGAACAAGUUUCCGAACCAGAAGAAGAAGGUAGUGAAGUAGAGGAGGUUGUGCCUGAUGUAGAUGACAACGAAGAUGAGGAGGACGUAGAAGAAGAUGUUGCUGCUGAAGAAACUACUGAGGUAAAUGGCGAAGAAGAAGCUGAUGACGAUGAGGAAGAACAAGCGCCAGAAGUGGAGGAGCAGGCUCCAGAACCAGAAGAAGUGGAGAAUGAGACAGAUGAUGUUGUGCCAGAAGCUGAAGAUGAUGCUGAACUAACACCGGAGGAAGAGGAAAUAGAUAUCGUAACACCACCAGAAGAGGAAGAGGAACAGGUUCCGGAAGAGGACGAAAAUGGCGGCGAUGAACAAGAAGAGAUCCCGGAAGAGGAGGAACAGGUAGUAGACGUCCCGGAGGAGAUUGAGGAAGAACAAAUUACAGUACCGGAAGAGGAAGGCAGUGAAAUUGAUGAGGUUGUGCCAGAAGCAGAAGAAGUUGAUCAACCCGGAAACAAGAAGAAAGCGAAUAAUGAUGAUGAUGAUGAUGAGGAGGAGGAGGUUACUGAAGAAACUUCUGAGUCAAAUGAUGAAGAGGAUGAAGAAGAAGAAUCCACGGCUGAAGCAGAUGAAGAGGAAGAUGUUGAGGUAGUGGAGGAUCAGGAAGAGGAACCAGUUGAAGAGGAAACAAUUGAAAAGAAGGUGGAUGAUGAAGAGGAAGAUGACGUCACCCUUGAUGAGGCGGAAGAAGAAUCCACCCAAGAACCUGAAGAGGAUACCCCAGAAGAAGAAGAUGAUGAAACGGUGGACGAAGAAGAUGAUUUAAUUGUAACUCCUGACAAUACUAUUCCAGAGGUUGAGAUCCCAGAAGAGGACGCUGAAGUUGAUGCUACCGAAGAGGAUCCCGAACCGGAGUAGAGGUACUAACUGAACGCACCAUUUUGCCAAUAUUUGGCAUUUAAUAGUAAAUUAGCAAUACUUUCUGUCGCACUAUGACUCGAUAUCAUAAAUAAAAUAUAUUAAUGAAAAUAA